AAUUGAUCGCGCUCAAUGGGAACUGCUAAAGCUGGAGUCUGUGCAGAGUUAGUAGCUGUCCGUGGUGCUGAAGAGCUGAGCCGAGAGGCGGGUUUGGACUUUGUUAUGUCACCGAGAGACGGGGACUGGCAGUAGGGGGAUGAUGUCAUAGUUUAUAGACUGAGCCAUAGAAGAAGCAGAUGGAGGCUGACUUCCUCUUUCCACCGCUCGUGUCUCCGUCUCCCUCUCCCCCCUCAGCAUCUGCCUCAGCAUCAGGACUCAUCGAGGACAAAGAGGGACAAGCCGCAGAAGCCGCAUUUGUUCGGGCGGGCUGUCUGUCUGCAGGCGGAGGACACAAAGCGGAACGAGGCGGAAUGUAAGCGAAUCACAAACCAGAGACGUCCAAUAAAGACGCAACAUGGUCCGGAAUAUUGGAGCAGGCUCCGGGUCAGUCCUCUUUUUUGUCUCGAUUGUGGAUUAUGAGCAGGCGGCAGCGUGAAGGAGCUGGUCCUGCCCAGAAAGGAGGAGGAGGCACACAGAAGGGUGUCGACGGAGAGGCAGAGGGGAGCCUGAGGGAGAAGAGGAGGGGAGGACCGCUGGAAAAAAUAAGAGAGUAACAUUACAAGCUUCCGAUAAUGGCGGCUAAGUCGGACGGGGUCCUGAAGAUGAAGAAGAGCGACGUGGCCUUCACCCCGCUGCAGAACUCUGAGCACUCCGGCUCGGUGCAGGGGCUCCACCCGGGCACCCAGCCGGACUCUGCGGGCACCGGGGACGGGGACUUCGCCAACGGGGAGUCGCGGUGCUGCGGCGGCGGCGGCGGCGGCUCGAACUCGACGUGCCUCCGGCCGGGCAGGGAGCAGCAGAAGUACACGGUGUGGGACUGCCUGUGGGUCGUAGCCGCCGUGGCCGUGUAUGUGGCCGACGUGGGCACCGACGUGUGGCUGUCGGCCGACUACUACCUCCGCCGCGACUACUGGUGGUUCGGCCUGACGCUGUUCUUCGUGGUGCUGGGCUCCUUCUCCGUCCAGCUCUUCAGCUUUAGAUGGUUCGUCCACGACUUCGGCAGCGAGGACGGGGCCGAGUCCCCCGCCGACGGCGCCCACAUGGACGGGAACAAACUGCUGAGCGGCUCGGCCUCGCACGGCGACGUAACCGCUCAACACCACCCGGCCACGCCGCAGAGACAGGCGUCGACCGCCAGCAGGAACACCACCACCAACAGCACCGCCAGCACGGCGGGGGGCGGCCGGCGGAGGAAGCGGUCGGCCUACUACUCCUUCUGCGUGUGGUUCGGCCAGUCCGUCAUCCACAUCCUCCAGAUGGGGCAGAUAUGGAGGUAUUUCCACACCAUCUACCUGGGCGUUCGAAGCCAUCAGAGUGCUGAGACAGAGCGCUGGCGUUAUUACUGGAGGAUGGUCUAUGAGUUUGCGGAUGUGAGCAUGCUGCAUCUCUUGGCCACCUUUCUGGAGAGCGCGCCGCAGCUGGUGCUGCAGCUGUGCAUCAUUAUACAGACACACAAGCUCCAGGCAGUGCAAGGAAUGACCGCCGCGGCCUCCCUUGUCUCUCUGGCCUGGGCCCUGGCCUCCUACCAGAAGGCCUUGAGAGAGUCUCGUGAUGACAAGAAGCCCAUCAGCUACCUGGCUGUCGUCAUCCAGUUCUGUUGGCACUUCUUCACUAUCGCUGCGCGGGUCAUCACCUUCGCCCUGUUUGCCUCUGUAUUCCAACUCUACUUUGGCAUCUUCAUUGUCCUGCACUGGUGCAUCAUGACCUUCUGGAUUGUGCACUGCGAGACAGACUUCUGCAUCAGCAAGUGGGAGGAGAUUGUGUUUGACAUGGUGGUGGGCAUAAUCUACAUCUUCACCUGGUUCAACGUCAAGGAGGGACGGACAAGGUGCCGGCUCUUCAUCUAUUACCUGGUGAUUCUGGUGGAGAACGCUGCUCUCAGUGCGUUGUGGUAUCUCUACCGGUCGCCUCACACCACCGACGCCUUCGCAGUGCCAGCACUCUGCGUCAUCUUCAGCAGUUUCCUCACCGGUGUGGUUUUCGUGCUCAUGUACUAUGCCUUUUUCCACCCCAACGGGCCGCGCUUUGGGCGCUCGCCGAGCGGCCAGGGUCUUGACCUCGACCCCUCUGCUCAGUUCUCCACACUACCAUACGAAGGUACUACCAACUCACUACGUUCCAACCGAGGUGCCACAGCGACCCUGGAGCGGGACGGGGGAAAGUACUCUGAGCGGGACGGCUGUAUGCCGGUUUUUCAGGUCCGAUCCACAGUGCCAUCCACGCCAUCAUCUCGUGCCCCACGCCUCGAAGAGACCGUCAUCAAGAUCGACCUUUGCAGGAACCGAUACCCAGCUUGGGAGCGCCAUGUCCUUGACCGCAGUAUACGAAAGGCCAUCCUGGCCGUAGACAGCUCGCUGACGCCUCCGCGGCUGCAGUACAAAGACGACGCUCUGGUGCAGGAGAGGCUGGAGUACGAGACCACAUUAUAGUUUCACCCUGCUACCCAUAGAGGGGCCCGGCCAUCGGAGGAUUAUCCUGCUAUCACAUAAACAGCAAAAAGGACUGGCAAUAACAAACUAGCAAUUCCACUUGUCAUCCCUCAUCAUUCUUGUUCUGUUUUUAUUCCCCGGUGUCUGUGCCCACCCAGGAGACUUCAACCACGUUGGUGGUGAUUGGAGGAUUUGGUGCAGUUGAUGUCACCAGAUGUGUUUGGGAUCAUUGCAGGAUUGUUGCUGUUAUCUUUACUUCCGCUCAUCAGGGAAAUCCAGUCUGGAAUGAACUGAGUCCAAAUGCUUUGACACUGCUCAGGCGGCACUGUUUGGUUAUGGUUGGAAAAAUAAGCAUAUGUCAGUUCAACGGAUGCUCCACCUUAACCUAAAUGACACAUAAACUCCUCUAACGUGAUGAAGGGAAAGGAUCCCUCACCCAGCAUCAGUGGCUCUUCAAACUGUCAUGGCUGUCCUACUGUUCUGAUGAGGUUCUGAUGAUGUGGUCCAUGACCAGCCAAAACUGGGUGGGUGCUUCCAUCACUAUCCACAUCGUCAAUCUCAGUUUAUUUUCUCUUAGUGCCAAAAAGGUUCUUUGGAGACUUCGACUUGAUGCGGCGGUGGAACCCCCCACGCAGGGUUCAGACCCCAUGAUCAGCCCAACCACAGCCCGACUCGUCAGGUCAGAUCAGGAGCACCUUUGGGCGUUGGGCGCAACAAUUGGUUCUUUUAUGUCAUGUUGUUCGUCAUGGUGGACAACUUGAAGAUGUCACAACAUCCCAAAAGAAGGACUAGCAUGUGUCUGCAUGAUGUCAGUGAUGUCAGUGCGAGAGCAAAAAGAGCCCUUUCGUGUUUAAACACAACGAAGUGAUAAGAACGAUGCUGCUGCUGCUGCCGUGGAAUCCUGAAACGGAGGAAUGGUGACAGUGUUUUCUUUCUCUUUUCCCAAACUUUAGACAGCCAGCACCACGCUGUUGUUUGUUUGCAUUUGUCUACCUAGCAACUCCAAGAAUUUUUGUGCAUUAUUGUUUUCGUUUGAACAGGUUGGCUAGGAAGUCCAAACAGUAGUUCUACUAGACUAGAUGUUGCAUUCUUCUUGGAUAACUAGGUCUACAGAGGAAGAAGCUCAGACAGAAAUAGAAAUAGAUGCAGAUAGCGGUGUAAACUCGGCCAUUGUGUUGCAGAUAAAAUCAGCCGGUGAAAGCUGGACAGACAUAAACUCUUUCUCCAAUAAGGAAACAAGUCAAACUCACACAAUGCCAAGAAAUAAUCUUCCUGGCAGCUCAACUUUUACAGUCAAGCCUCAUAAAGCUGGUUGUGCAGUGGUGCUGAUCUCCGGUGGAGGAGAAUGUGAGUGUGUGCGAGUGUGUGUGUGUAUGUGUGCGGCAGCAUGAUGAGAAAAA